AGGUACGGAAGCCGAAGGAGGAGUUAGUUGUUUUUGUGUGUGUGUGUGUUUGUGUGUGUUGGGUUUAUUUUGUGUGUGUGUGUGUGUGUGUGUUUUUAGCCAACCGGAAGCUGGGAGCAAGAUGGUUUACAUCUCGAAUGGGCAAGUGUUGGACAGCCGGAGUCAAUCCCCAUGGAGAUUAUCUUUGAUAACAGAUUUCUUCUGGGGAAUAGCAGAGUUUGUUGUUUUGUUUUUCAAAACUCUGCUACAACAAGAUGUAAAGAAAGGAAGAGGCUAUGGAAGCUCAUCGGAUUCCAGAUAUGAUGAUGGAAGAGGGCCACCAGGAAACCCUCCCCGAAGAAUGGGUCGAAUCAAUCAUCUUCGUGGCCCCAGUCCCCCUCCAAUGGCUGGUGGAUGAGGAAGGUAA